AUGUCAUGUGUCCACUACAAGUUCGCCGCCAAGCUGGCAUAUGACAGGGUCAUCUUCAGCGGCCUGAACAUCUGCCUGCGGGACCUCAAGCACCAGAUUAUGGCCUGCGAGAAGCUGAAGGCGGCCACCAGCGACUUGCAGAUCAGCAACGCCCAGACCGGAGCAGAGUACACAGAUGACAACGCCCUGAUUGCUAAGAACUCGUCGGUAAUUGUGAGAAGAAUCCCUGUUGGAGGAGUUAAAGCUGCCGGCAAAACAUCUGCCAUAGGCAGAACUGAGCCAGUGAGUGGAACAUCAAAAACGGUAUGUAAAAACACAAUCUCACCCUUUUUUCAACACCCUUAA